AUGACACUUCCCAUGUAUCGAAGCCACAACACGUUCGCCGCUCAGAACGUUGAAGGGAAUUUAUUCAAAAUUCUAGCCCAGGAGUGCAUGGAACAGAUUUACGAUGAUAAUCCCGAUGCAAAGUUCGGAUCUGUCGCAGUACUCUCAUUUGCUAGACUACACCAUAUCAACUUGCACUAUUUCGAGGUGGAGUUAGCGGCAGACCUUGCCGACAUCGUGGACAAAGGGACUACGACCAGAAAGCAAUUGCUUGAGAUCAGGACGAGAUUACGGGAUUAUGGCGCGGCAAUUGCAGAUUAUGAACGCGUGUUAAAACAUUGGCAUCAGCCCCCAAAGGAGCAGCUGACAGCGUUCCACAAGACCAUUCUUCCGCAAAGGUUUAGGGAACUAAUCAAACAAGAUCGCUGCAGUUGGGAUAAUGCAUAUAUUCCGUUAAGAUCGGACAACCCACGACUUGUCGGCUUUAUCGGCCGCGUGUUGGCGGCAGUUAUGGGGGGCCUCGCACUCGUCGUACCAAUGCUGAUAAUGGCCAUACCUGGGGCUCCUGUCAAGAACUUAGUUACCACGCCUAUUGCCAUAGUCUUAGUCGCCGUUUGCAUUGCAUCAUUGUCGCAAGGCUCCUGGAGAGAUGUUUUGGGAAUGACAGCUGCGUAUGCGGCUGUGCUCGUUGUAUUCGUUGGUGUUGACAAACCGAAAUGUUGUGGCGAGAGUGUUGGAGCUACUAUCAUUGCGAGGCUGGGAUACACCGAGCACACCAUAAACCCCAUGGCCAGUUCAUUUAAGAAACUGGCCAAACUCGCUGACAAGGACGCUCUGAAGAGUGCUCGGAUUCCAACAAACAUUGUUGCUGGUGGUGUCAGUGGAGAGUCCAAGACAGAGUCACUGGUUACAUCUGAUCUACAGGGACCUGGCGUCCCGAUGACUGCAGACAGUAUCAAGCUGUUAACCGAUGCUUAUAAGAAGCAUGAAGCUGAUGCUCGUCACUCAUCGCUCCGUAUGGUUGCUUCAGUGACUUCAAACAUGGCCAUUUCACAGGGUACCACAGCAUUUGGACUUGGUGAAUCCAUCACCGUGGCAGCUGGUGACCUGUUCAACUGGCUCAGAACAGGAAUCGAGAAGGUUGUCAACAUCACCAAGAGUGCCGCCACAGGCUUCUGGGAGUUUGUCGUCCAAAUCGGCAAGGUCGUUUAUCGUGCUGUGCUUAACAUAAUCGAAGCUGUCGUUGGAGUUGUUGAGUGGGCUUUCAACAAGACCAAGACUGGAGUCGAAAAGGUCAUUCGAUACGUCGAGUUCUUGUUAAAAUGGGAUGACAUACGUCGUACAAAGCAGGUGGCCCACAACUUGGUUAAAUAUUACCUCUAUGAGAUGGUAUCUGGCAUCGAAACAGCUAAAGAAGCAUUUGACGAGUGCCAUGCCCUGGCCGGCUUCGUCGCCUUCACGGGAAACUUCCUGUUCUUUACUGAGGCGAUGGAUAUAAGCCCUGCGAAUGUGUUCGGUGUGCCCUCAACCACCAUGGGUGUGAUCGGUGCUCUUGCAGCUGGCGGCGCAGAUGUCCUGGCUGCCAAGAUGCCUAUUGAGAACAAUGCCGUUUACAUCCUUCGAAAGAUUACUAUUGUCGCUACUUUCAUGACAAAGAUAAUUUUCUCAGAUCCUGGUCAGAAAUAUCUUACAAAGGGCAAACUGUCAUUCAUGAAGGCAGAUGACAACAGGAAGGUUGGAGCAGUAUUUAACACAGCUUUGGUGUUCCCUGCACUUUUCUGUUCUUGCUUCCAUUUCUACGAGCUUUCGAAGAAGCCUGCUGGCAAGGACCGAUCGCUGGCUAUUGUUGGGGAGACUUCGAAUAUGGUGCAGUAUGUUGGACGAGUAUCGUAUUGCGUUGCUAUUUUCGAUCCUGAGCUAACGACGAGGGUUAUUCCAGCUAGUAUUAUGGCAGGAUGUAAUGUUGUUAUGUGCGGUUUGGAGACUGCGGGUGCUGUGAUAUUUUGA